GCUGCUUAAGGUGGACUAAGCAGACGACAGAAACAGGAAAGAUAAAGAGGGUUGCAGUGUUAUUGUGCCUGAGACAAUAGCUUUAAAGACGCAUAUAUAAUAAUAUCUUUUUUCAUCACUUUUAUAUCAGCGUGUUCGAUAUUUAGGCCUUAACAAAUUGUCUGUAUCGAUUCGAAGAAAGAUGCCUUCUGAAAAGACCUUCAAACAAAGAAGGACAUUUGAGCAAAGAGUGGAAGAUGUAAGAUUAAUUCGAGAGCAACACCCAACCAAAAUACCAGUCAUCAUUGAAAGAUACAAGGGGGAAAAGCAACUUCCUAUUCUGGAUAAAACAAAGUUCCUGGUUCCUGACCAUGUCAACAUGAGUGAAUUAAUCAAGAUUAUCAGGAGACGUCUUCAGCUCAACUCCAAUCAGGCCUUCUUCCUCUUGGUUAAUGGACACAGCAUGGUUAGUGUCUCCACUCCAAUUUCGGAGGUCUAUGAACGUGAAAAGGAUGACGAUGGCUUUCUCUACAUGGUUUAUGCAUCUCAGGAAACCUUUGGCACCAGAGUCAGCCUGUAACUUUUGUCAGAUAUACUUCUUUGCAUCCUAAGUCAAUUUCAUCCCUUGUCUAACACCUGAGAAAAGUCAACUAGAAAUUCAAAAGAAAAGGAUGUCACUGAGCAGAGAAUUAAUUAACCAGUAAAGACUUGUCUGUUUUAAGUGGGAGCAAGUCAUGGAGGUUUUGAAUUCCUCCAGCAUUCUUAACUUUUGCUGAAGUGUAGUUCUUCUGUAAAGCAAAUCACUUGAUAAGAAAUGGAAUAGGAAACCAGGCCAAAACUCCCCACCCAUCAAGCCUAUCAAGUGACAGCCCUUUUCUCCUUUUCCACUUACCAGUCCCUCCAUCUUACUAGGCUUUGAUCGUUUUUGUUAAUUUGCUUGACUUUUUUUUGGAGACGGUAAACACCAGUUUGCUUCUUUAACAAAUAACCAUAAUUUAAACUGACAUCAUUUAUGCAAAAGUAGUUUCACUACCUAAGCCAAGCAAUUCCCGCCUUUUCUAAGUAGCCUUACCAUGCCUUUUCACAUCCAUUCUUUAACACUUUGGGGCUUUAUGGGGGGCCACAGCCCAUUUUGGCUGCAAUAGGGGCAAGGCAGGAUCUUGCUAAGCUUAUAUUAUCACUGUGCAAAAAAAAAAAGAAAUAGUUUGAAGAAAAAAAAGCAAAGUUUAGUGUACAUGGAAUGUCUCCUUGGUACUUGGCCAUAUUUGGUUGUCAUUAAUGAAGAGCUAGUCAACUUUUAUUUUCAAAGCCAUCUAUUUGGUGGUCAUAGAUGCAGCCACCAUCUCAAAGAUAUCAUCAUAAGACAAGUAAAGGACUCUGCCGUUAGUAACUACUUGACUUGGAAAGUUUACUUUGUAGUUUCUAUUUAAGCCAUAGCUGUGUUACAUUUUCCCUCCUUGUCUAAUUCUGUAGUCACAUUCAGUUUGUAAAUGGAGUCACCUUCAAGUUAUUUUGCCCACUAACGCAAUGUCUAAUAGGUGUUUUUCAUGAUUUAGAAAUAAUAGCUAAGAAAAGCGGUUAUUUCUAUUUAUUUAGAUAUAUAGAUAGAUACUUUAUUAAUCCCAAGGGGAAAUUCACAUACUCCAGCAGCAGCAUACUGAUAAAAAACAAUAUUAAAUUAAAGAGUGAUAAAAAUGCAGGUAUAACAGAUAAUAACUUUAUAUAAUGUUAAUAUUUAAACCAUACCCUCACUACUCCCCUACUCCUCCCCCCCCAGGUGGAAUUCAAGAGUCACAUAGUGUGGGGGAGGAACGAUCUCCUCAGUCUGUUGCUGAAGCUGCUCCUCUGUCUGGAGAUGAUACUGCUCAGAGGAUGCACUGGAUUCUCCAUGAUUGACAGGAGCCUGCUCAGCGCCCAUCACUCUGCCAUUUAAUUCUACUUUUUAAUACAACUGUAUCUUCCUUUGGAAUAGGAGAUAUAUUUUUAGAUAAGUACUGUAGUUCUGGUUUUUGAGUAUAAUGUCCUUUCUCUUUAUCAGUUUUAGUAGACUCGUCUCCACUUUCUAUCUGUCGCAUUAAAUUAAGCGCAAUAUAUUCAUUUUAUGUUUAAUCACAAAAAUGUUAAUAUUUUAUGUAUUGUUUAUGUGCAUGUACCUUAAUGCCCCUUUUUAUCUAGUUUGUAAAAUUUGAAAUUUUUAUUUUCAUCAUGUACAUUUAUUAUGUUAUUGAUUUAUUACAAUUUGCAUAUUUUGUACAUUUAAAGGUUUGUUUGUAUUUGGUUGGAUUUUGCAGUACACGGACUGUUGAAUGUUUUCUGCAGCUGAAACAGAUGACCAUUCUUGUAAAAGUAAAUAAAAAGGUGAUCCUGA